AUGUUCGAAAAGUACAAUGUUUCUGCGAUGACCGAAGAGUGUAGUGCUGGCUCGGGUGGCGAGUACGAAACGGGAUUUGGCUGGACAAACGGUGUUAUCUUGGACUUACUGGACAAAUAUGGGCACAAAAUGACUACAGCUGCUGCGUCACUACAGGCGCAGUUGCCAAUGUACACAGUUAUUCUCCUCCUGCUAAUUUCCUUUUUAUUUUACUGA